UCGGACUUAAGCAAAUGCUUAAACAUAGUGUUCAGACUUAAAGAAAUUAUAAAUUAAAAUUGUUUAUCCGAAAUGGCGGCUGCCAACAUGGAGAAGGGGGAGCUGAUGAGCCAGGUGAAGCAGCAGAUCGCCCUGGCCAACGCCCAGGAGAUGCUCUCGAAGAUGACGGAGAAGUGCUUCAAGAAGUGCAUCCAGAAGCCGGGAAAAACACUGGACACCAACGAGCAGAGGUGCAUUUCGCAGUGCAUGGAUCGCUUCAUGGACGCCUGGAAUCUGGUGUCCCGCACCUAUGGCAAUCGCCUGCAAAGGGAGCAGUACAGGACCAUGGACACUGUGGAGAUGAGCAACUAGAAGCCGAGUUCCGGUCACCCUGUAAUUAAAACCGAAUUUAUUUUGUUCUUGAUCCAGUCUCAACUCAA